AUGGCCGCGCAGACCACCAGCCCGCUCCGCCGAUGGAAGCGCUUCUUCGGCGCCUUCGACUCCGUCGACGCCGCCAUCGAGGGCGCCGGCCCUGACAUGUGCCGCGACGAGGUCCGGCGCGCCAGGGGCGACAUCUUUGAAGGCCUCUGCAACACCGCGGACGACGGCAUGGCGGAGAAGCUCUGCGGGGUUCUCGACGGCUUGAUGGCAGAGUCCCUCGAGACGCUGCGGUUGACUCCGGUGAUGCCGAAGGUGCUCGCCACCACGGACCUCGCCAGGGCCAUCCGUGCGCUGCAGAAGCACGAGUCCGAGCGGGUCCGCAUCCUCGCCAGAGGCAUCGUGAGCGGGUGGAGGGCGUCCGCCCUGCACGACUUCGCCGGAGAGCCGGACAACCUCAACGCGCCUCAGCCCAAGGAGACCGUGGAGCAGCAGCGUGUCUGCGCAACGACGACGGAGCGGCCUUCCUCCAAAGAGAUCGUCGGUCACGAUCGGCAGCAUGCCUCGGCCGAUCUUGACUCGAAGAAGAAGAAGAAGACGGCGGAGAUCAGCAGCAAGGCGUCCGAUCUCGUCGGCGAAGCCCAAGGAGGUCACCGUCGGUACCAGCAAGCAUCAGACGCGAAGCGGCAGCGCAGGGUGCAGGUGGUGGAGUCGCCGGAGAUGCUCAAGCAGAGGCAGCGAAAGAUGCACCCCAUCCUGAGGGAGAGGAGCCUGGCUAGUUGCGCGAGCUCCAUGGUCAAGAAGACGUUCUCGGUCACGAGGCAGAUUCACAUGGGCAGUUGA